AUGCCGAGAGAGCAGUUACAAAAGGGGCAAAUUAUGCCACCACAGCAGCAGUCACCAAAGCAGCAGAUGCCGCGGCAGCAGAUACAACAGCAGCAGAUGGAACAGCAGCAGAUUGAAAAUCAGAAGAUGCAACCACAGCAGGUGCGAAGGCAGCACAGCCAACAGCGGCAAAUGGAAAAGCAGCAGAUGCAACAGGGGAAGCUGACACAGUCAAGGAUUGAGACACGGCGACAGAAGCAGAUGCAGCAACAGCUAAUGCCACAGCAGUUUGCACCUACACUGCUACAGCCACACUUACACCAACCACUAGAACAAGAUGAGGCUGCCACUGCUGCAAGCCCAUCGGGGUCUGGAGUCAGGCGCACAAUACUGACACGCAACCGAAACUACAACCAGCAAGGGAAGUAUAGGGGAGUGAGGAAGCGUGGCGCGUCAAGCUACAUUGCAGAGAUUAAAGACACCACUCAUGGGGUCCGCAGGUGGCUGGGCACGUUUUCAUCUGCAGAGGAGGCUGCUCGGGCGUUUGAUGAAGCUGCUUUCAACAUCCGGGGAUCAACGGCGAAGCUUAACUUUCCAGAAGAAUUUAUCAAGGAAGAUGGAGGAAUUCUCGAUUCCAAUCCUGCAGCGCGCGAGGCGGCGGCUAGGAUGGAAACGGCGGGAAGGGAGGCUGGUGGUGAGCGUAGUGGCCCGGGGAUGCAGAAGGAUGGGGAAUCCCUACUAGGAGGGGCUGGAGAGGGCGGUUCUAGUAACGCUGGAGGGAAAGGGAAAGAAGCAUCACGUGAUGAAGGUGCUAAGCGGGGAUGGCUGGUAGUGGACGAGUCCGAGAUGAACUUGUUUGGCGAGGGAACAAGUAGGUCAGUGUCAGCGGCUGCUACAGAAACAUGUGUAGGGGGAGGAAAAGGAGGAGGGGAGGAAGGACGAGGAGGAUGGGGAGGAGGAGGAGGAGGAGGAGGAGGAGGAGGAGGAGGAGGAGGAGGAGGAGGAGGAGGAUCAGGAGGAGGAGCAGUAGCAAGAGUAGGAGGGGUAUGUGUUGCAGCAGAGGCUUCAGCAGUCAGUAGAGCAGGACCAGCAUACACCCCCGAAGGACCAGCAUACACCCCCGAAGGACCAGCAUACACCCCCGAAGGACCAGCAUACACCCCCGAAGGACCAGCAUACACCCCUGAGGGACCAGCAAACACCCCUGAAGGAAGCUCCACUGUCAACUGCAGCAGCUCAAGCAGAGCCGCUCCUUUCUCCUCUGCCCCAUCCACCUCCUCUUCCACCUCGUCCUCGCUCCUACACUCUACCCUUCCUGCUACGUCUGCUCCUUCAACAUCUGCCCUUUUCUUUCACUCCACUCAUCCGUCUACCUCUGCCGCUUCCGCCACUGCCUCUUUCCUACACCCCACCCUUCCUGUCAACUCGGCCCCUUUCACAUCUGCCUCUUUUCUACACUCCACCCUUCCUGCUACAUAUGCCGGAGAAGAUUCAGGCAGGUUUGGAGGGUUGGGAUUCACCACUGUGACAGCAGGUGAAGGGGGGCAGUCCUACGUGUCUGCGGAGAGGUACUCUCACCAGCCCGUGGGGGUUGAAGAAGGCACGGCAAUUGGUGGAAGUCGGUUCGGUGCGGUGAAAGACAAGGAGGAAGCGGAAGAAUGGGAGAUGUCUGCAGAGGAAAACAUGGGUGGAAGCAGAGGGAUUACCGGCAAGAAAGGGGUGAUGGAGGAGGAGGGUGCAAUGCAGAUGAGGAAUGGAGCCGGUGUGGUGGUAGGUGCGGCAGCGGAUCCGUCCGUUUUUUCGGGUGUGGAGCAGACUGGAACUGCUGUAGGACUCUUGGCACUGGCAGCAGGGCAGCAAGCAAUGGCAGCAGGGCAGCAGGCGAUGGGAGCAGUGCAGCACGCAGUGACAGGGGAACAAGCAUUGGCAGCAGCGCAACAUGCAGCGACAAGAGAACCUGCAGGCUAUAGGGGGUUCAUUAUUGGGGUGCCUGAGGAAGUGGUGAUGGCUGGUGGGGACGCAUCCUUUCAAGAAGCAGAGGAGGCAGAGGAGGCAGAGGAAGCAGAGGAGGCAGUGGAGGGGGUGGAGGGGGUGGAGGGGGUGGAGGGGGUGGCGGGGGUGGCGGGGGUGGCGGGGGUGGCGGGGGUGGCGGGGGUGGUGGGGGUGGCGGGGGUGGCGGGGGUGGAGGUACCCAACAUGGCAGGUUCAGCUUCAAGCAUGCUUCCUAGCUGGCAUGCUGAAACGAUGCGGUAUCCGCCUGUCAUGAUGCCCCCAUUUAUGCCGCUGGGUAGAUACGGUCAUGGCAUGCAGAAUGCUUCUACCAUGUCCCUUGGGUCUUCUGAUGUUUUGAUUCCUUACGCGCAGCAGCAGCAGCAGCAGCACCUCACGCCAAGUACUGCCAGAUUUCCUCGAUCCAAUCACUCAGAGCAAGGCGGUUUUAAAGCCUCGGAUGGUGACGCCUCUGGUAGAGCAACAAUUCACAGUACUGAGAAUGGUGGUGCUGGCAGCAGCAAUGGAGAUGUAUUGAUGCAGGAAGUCACAGCAGCAGGCUCUGGGGCUGUAUACAGUAGCGGUGGUGCGGAUCAUUCUAUAGCGGAGCACUCUAUGGUGGAACAGCCUAGUGAGGAGGAGCAGCCUAGUUCGGACCAGCCUAGUUUCGACCUUCCUCUGCCUGACUGCUCAGCGGAUCGGUUGCUUUCAAAGGCUCAAGACACACACCCCACUGCAGCUGCUGCUGUCGGGGACCUUGCCACCUCGUUCUCUCACAUCGACAGGACAGCAUGCUUCAGUUUUGAGAAUUAUGGAUGUUCCGUCCCCUUUAUGGAGCUUUCGAGAGGAGCAGGAGUGGGAAUGGAGGUUGGGGGAGAGACUGUGGAUGCGGCAGGGUCGGCAUAUGCAGGAGAUAAGCAGCAUUUGGAGGAAAAUGCGACUGGAGGUGGAAUCUCCACCCUUGAUCCGCUAAUGAUGUUCUUCAUGAAUGAUGGGGAGGCUAGGGACGAAGUAUAA